UCAGUAUGAUGAUGGCUCGAGGUGUUUUCAAGCUGCAAUCCCUGUCUGGUGUGCUUUGUGGGAAAUCAUGGAUUGUCGAAGCUUUGACAGUUAAAAGAGUUGUGGUUUGUCGGGCUGCUGUGAACCAGCAGGAAAGAUUCUUCUGUUCAUCUACUGCAUCUGAGGGUGACAGCAGAUCUGAUGAAAAACUGAUGGUGCACUUCAUCAAUCGAGAUAAUGAAAAAUUAACUGUAUUGGCAAAGGAGGGUGAAAGUCUGCUUGAUGUUGUGAUCAAAAAUAACUUAGAUAUUAAUGGAUUUGGUGCCUGUGAAGGAACCCUGGCUUGUUCAACAUGCCAUGUCAUCUUUGACAAGGAGGUUUUUGAGAAUUUGGAUGAGAUUACAGAUGAAGAAAUGGAUAUGUUGGAUUUAGCCUUUGGACUUACUCGCUCAUCGCGUCUGGGUUGCCAGAUUUGUCUAAAGAAGUCUUUGGAUGGAAUAACUGUGAAAAUACCAAAGGACGUGUCCGAUGUCAGAGAAUCAAAGGGUCAGUGAUGUGGCACAUCUUACAAUAUCAGCAUAACUUGGAAACAACUCCCAAUACUGUCAUUGAAGAAACAAAACUGUGCCACACCAUAUUAAGAA